UGUAGUUUUGUCAGGAACGUAAUAUAAAUCCCAAUAUCUUUAUUGCAUACAAAGGAAAUCAAUGCAUAAAAUAAAAAAGGAAAAAUAUCUCAUUGUUUCUACAGGUUUUAUUUUAUUUUAUUUUACAGACGCGGCUCCGCACGCAUGACGUACAUUACCCACGAUGCACCUGGACAGGAGUAAACAGAGAGCCAGGAUGGCGGCGGACAGUGAUCCCGAGUCUGAAGUGUUUGAGAUCACGGAUUUCACCACCGCGUCCGAGUGGGAGAGGUUCAUAUCUCGGGUAGAGGAGGUGCUGAAUGACUGGAAGCUGAUUGGCUCUCGCGUCAGGAAGCCGCUGCAGAAGGGAGAAAUCACCAGCGGCUCGUGGGAGGAACACACACAGGAGAUCAACUUCGCCGACUUCAGGUUCUCCAUCACACACCACUGUCUGAAGCAGGAGUCCGCUGAGAGCCAGAGCAGGGAGGGAGCAGGGGAAGAUGUGUGUCCGCUGGCCCUGCAGGACCUGCUCUGCGUGAACAAUGACUUUCCUCCGCGAGCUCACUGUCUGGUCAGAUGGUUCGGUGUGCGUGAGUUCCUGGUGAUUUCUCCCGGAGCCCACUGUGAAGCUGUGGUCAGCGAGUCCAAGUGUAACCUGCUGCUGAGCUCCGUGUCCAUCGCUCUGGCCAACACGGGCUGUCUGGUGCCGCUGUUCGUGCAGAUCCAGCAGAAGUGGAGGAAGAUGUACGCGGGUGAGUGUCAGGGGCCCGGGGUCCACACCGACUUCGAGAUGGUGCACCUGCGUAAAGCUCCUGGUCAGCACACACACCUGUCCGGCCUGCUGGACAUCUUCAAGAACAAGAUGAGCUGCCCGCUGACCCCGCUGACCCCGCUGCCGCCCAUCAGCAUCUCCAUCCGCUUCACCUUCGUCCUGCAGGACGGUCAGCAGUGCUCCUGGCCACAGCAGCCUCCAGACUUCUAUGCGCUGCUGGCUGGAGAGGUGGGCGGCGUGGAGUCCGGCGGGCUUCCGUUCGGAGCGUGUGAAGACCCCAUCAGCGAGCUGCAUCUCGCGACCACGUGGCCGAACCUGACGGAGGGAAUCGUGGUGGAUAACGAUGUUUAUUCACGUUCAGACAAACACAAGGUUCAAAAGCUCAAGGAUGCUUGUGACGAGACAAGCGCGUGGUUUUAUGGGUUGUUGAUGCUUGUGACUGCAGCUCUGCUGUUUCUAGAGAACAGUGACAUCACUCAAGCGCUGUCCAAGCUGACGGAGCCCGCGGCCGUCCCCAUCCACAAGCUGUCCGUCUCCAGCAUGGUGCACAGCGCCAGGAGACGCAUGCGGCGACACCGACGCGCCGAGGAGUCGCCGCUCAACAGCCACGUGCUCAACUCCAUCCUGCUGUAUCUGUUCCCAGAUGCAGCUCUGGAUAAAUCAGAUUUAAGUGAUGUGAAAUCCACACAGCCCAGUCCGGGAGGUACGACCGAGCCGGACCGCGAGUCGGAGGAUUACCAUCUCUAUAAUCAGCUGAAGUCUGCUCCGAGCGACAGUCUGACGUACCGUCUGGCUCUGUGUGUCUGUGUGGUCAACUUCCACCACGGAGGAGUGAGAGCCGUCGCUCACCUGUGGCAGGAGUUUGUGCUGGAGAUGCGUUACCGCUGGGAGAACAACUGCCUGAUCUACGGGCUGGCCGGCGGAGCUCCGGAUCUCAGGUGUUGCCUUCUUCAUCAGAAACUGCAGAUGCUGAACUGCUGCAUCGAGCGCAAGAGAGCGAGGGAUGAUGGGAGGAAGAGCGGCGCGUCAGACAGGAGCCGUCCGGGGCCCGAGAGCGCGGGGCCCGCCGAGGUUUCUCCGGGGAAGUCCUGGGACUCGUGGAGCGACAGCGAGGAGGAGUUCUUCGAGUGUCUGAGCGACACCGAGGAGAUGAAGGACACGGAGAGCGAGAAAAAAGCAGCUAAUAAAAGCAGAGCUGAAGGUCGUCUGCAGCCACACGGCAAACUGACCCUCCUGAAGUCCCCGGAGCCGCUCUACAUCCCCGUCACACAGGAGCCUGCGCCCAUGACUGAAGACCUGCUGGAGGAGCAGUCGGAGGUUCUGGCCAAACUGGGCACGUCGGCUGAAGGAGCGCACCUCCGCGCCCGCAUGCAGAGCGCCUGCCUGCUCUCAGACAUGGAGUCCUUCAAGGCAGCGAAUCCCGGCUGUUGUCUGGAGGAUUUCGUGCGCUGGUAUUCUCCGAGAGAUUACGUGGAGGAGGAGGUGGAUGAGGUGGGACAGACGGUCAUACGGGGUGACCUGAGCGCUCGCAUGAAGAUCCCGGGAAACAUGUGGGUGGAGGCCUGGGAGACGGCCAAAGCCACGCCGGCCCGCCGACAGAAGAGACUGUUUGACGACACCAAAGAGGCUGAGAAGGUGCUGCAUUACCUGUCGCAGCAGAAGCCGUCGGAUCUGACGCGGCACCUGAUGCCCUGCGUGCUGCACGCUGCUCUGCUCAAGAUCAAGGAGGAAGAGGAGUCUGAAGACAUCGCGUCGGUGCGUAAAGCUCUGCAGCAGGUCACCGCUCACGCCAGCAAACUGCUGCAUCACCCCAACCCUGACUUCAAGAAGCUGGAGGACGUCAUCGUUCAGAUGAGCGCGGAGGAGGCCGUCAUCGCUCGCGCCCGAUCGCUCAAGGCCAAGUUUGGCAUCGCCGGAGGAGAGCGAGAGGAAGACGCUGACGAGCUGCAGAGGUUUGUCAGCUGUUUGCUGGAGGAGCCCGAGGUUUCUGUGGUUGGAGCCGGACGAGGACCUGCUGGAAAAAUCAUCCAUAAGUUGUUCGUCAGCUCUCAGCGGUUGGCCGACUCCAGCGACGAGGCCGCUCUGCUGGCGCCGAUGGAGGAUGAAGCGGGUCGUUCUGGAGGGACGGACGACAGGAAAGCGGUUCCAGAUUUUCCGCCCCCUGCUGGACGGGAGGUUCUGCUGCGCACCUGUGUGCCGCGUCCCGCGCCGUACUCCAAAGCCCUGCCGCAGCGGCUCUUCUGUGUGCUGACCCGAGACGAGUUCAGGCUCGCCGGCGCCUUCUCCUCCGACACCUGCUUCUUCUGAGCGAUCCACGAGCGCAGGUUACACAGGACGCAGGUUUCAGGAAAUUACGCCGACGAGUGUCCUGCCUUUUGAGUCAAAACGCUUCACAUGUAAUCACGGGAGAUAGUCUCUGGAUCGGCGCUCUGAGGCUCUCAUCAGCUCUGAAAUGGUUUUAUAUCUGUUGGGUUUCACACAUGCUAAUAAUAUCAGUUCCCUACUGUGUGCUUGAUGAGAGCAGCUCUAGAUUGAGUUCACAACACUUUGCCUUAGGAAACAUCAUCACACACACACACACACAGAGUCAUCACACUCACACACACACACUCACACACAGA